UUCAGUACGCGUGCUCCCGGUCAGCUGAGGGGCGAGCGCGAGCUUGGGCUCGCACCCUGUUCCCCCUUACCCCGCCCGCUCUUUCCCUAACCGCGGUUUCAGGCACGGUGGGCUCUCGGGCAGACGCGCGCACGCGCACAGCACUGGGAGAUGAGCUCCAGACUCUGAGGAGGGGAGUAAGAAGCAUCGGAGGAGGCGUUAGAGGAGGAGGUUGUCUCUUCAACUCUAGUGAUUGCUUCCUUUGCUGGGCAGAAGGUUGCUGUGGGAUUAUAUGACCACAUGAAAGGAAGUGUCUUCUCAUAAUUCUGAUACCUGAGAUGUAAGUGGCUGAAGAGUGAAACAGGAAAAAGUUUAGUGCCAACCUUAGUUACAAUGGCCACUGAUUCUGGGGAGCCGGCUAGCACAGAAGAUUCUGAGAAACCUGAUGGAGUUUCCUUUGAAAAUAGGGUUACCCAAGUUGCAGCACCAUUGACUAUAGAAGCUAGAAUAAAGGAAAAAAACAGUACCUCCUCUGCUCCCGAGGAAACCGUUGAAAGAAAGAGAUUUUUCCGAAAGAGUGUUGAGAUGACGGAAGAUGACAAAGUUGCCAAAUCUUCCCCCAGAGAUGAAAGAAUAAAAGCUGCAACAAAUAUUUCAAGAGUAGAUAAACUUCCUACCAAUGUGCUAAGAGGUGGGCAAGAAGUUAAAUAUGAUCAGUGUUCAAAGGCAACUUCAGAAUCCUCAAAAGAUUGCUUCAAAGAGAAAAAUGAAAAGGAAAUGGAGGAAGAAGCAGAAAUGAAGGCUGUAGCAACUUCCCCUAGUGGCAGGUUUCUGAAAUUUGAUAUAGAACUGGGAAGAGGAGCAUUUAAAACCGUUUAUAAAGGACUGGACACUGAAACAUGGGUUGAAGUUGCUUGGUGUGAACUACAGGACCGCAAAUUAACUAAAGCUGAGCAGCAACGGUUCAAAGAAGAAGCAGAGAUGUUAAAAGGCCUCCAGCAUCCCAACAUAGUUCGGUUUUAUGAUUCCUGGGAGUCCAUAUUAAAAGGAAAGAAAUGUAUUGUGUUAGUGACUGAACUAAUGACAUCAGGAACCUUAAAGACGUACUUAAAACGAUUUAAAGUCAUGAAACCAAAGGUCUUAAGAAGCUGGUGCAGGCAAAUUUUAAAAGGAUUACAGUUCUUACACACAAGGACCCCUCCUAUAAUUCACCGGGAUCUGAAAUGUGACAACAUUUUCAUCACAGGACCCACUGGAUCUGUGAAGAUUGGUGAUCUGGGACUUGCAACCUUAAUGCGCACAUCAUUUGCUAAGAGUGUCAUUGGUACUCCUGAGUUUAUGGCUCCAGAGAUGUAUGAAGAACACUAUGAUGAAUCUGUAGAUGUUUAUGCUUUUGGGAUGUGUAUGUUGGAAAUGGCUACUUCGGAGUAUCCAUAUUCCGAGUGCCAGAAUGCAGCUCAAAUAUACCGGAAAGUAACCAGUGGUAUAAAACCAGCCAGCUUCAAUAAAGUCACAGACCCUGAAGUGAAAGAAAUAAUUGAAGGAUGUAUUCGACAAAACAAAUCUGAAAGGUUAUCUAUCAAAGACCUACUAAACCACGCAUUCUUUGUGGAGGAUACUGGACUGAGAGUGGAGUUAGCAGAGGAAGAUGACUGCUCAAAUUCAUCCCUGGCUCUAAGACUCUGGGUUGAAGAUCCUAAAAAAUUAAAAGGCAAACAUAAAGACAAUGAAGCUAUUGAAUUCAGUUUCAAUUUAGAAACAGAUACACCUGAGGAAGUAGCAUAUGAAAUGGUCAAGUCUGGAUUCUUCCAUGAAAGUGAUUCCAAAGCUGUUGCUAAAUCCAUUAGGGACCGUGUGACACUGAUAAAAAAGAUAAGGGAAAAGAAGCCUGCUGGACUCUUGGAGGAUCGCAGGGAAUCCCAGUGCAAGCAUGUGGGGAUUGUAUUUCCUCAGCAGCCAACUGCGACUUUACCACCUGCUCCUGGUCCACACACUGCAGCUGAAUGUGAAGAAACAGAAGUUGAUCAACAUGUUCGACAGCAGCUUCUACAAGGAAAACCACAGCAGCAGCUCUCCUCUGUUAGAGGUGACACUUCAUCCGAGGCAGCAGCUGGAUCGGUUCUACAUUCAGAUAUUUCAAGUCAUCCCACUGUAGCCUCUUCUUCAAACCAGACAACGAGCUCUCAGUUGCACGAGCAGCCAAAGCUGACUCAGUCCCCAGUUUUGCCUGUGGUUCAAGGUCAGUCCUCUGUUAUGCCCAUAUAUGCCACUGGACUUGCAGUUGUUUCACAGUCCCAAAUUUCUCCAUUAACUAUCCAGAAGGUCUCACAGAUAAAGCCUUUAUCUCAACUAACUGGAACUGACCAGCAAGCAGCUCUUCAAAAUCCAGAUGUUGUUCGAGGUAGCUUGAAUCAGGAUGUGACAGCUAUGAAAGAAAACACCAAUAACCCUGAUAACCCAAGUGGGAAUGGCAAACUGGAUCGGAUCAAGCAAAGAAGAACCUCCUGUCCCAGGCCAGAGAAGGCAACUAAAUUUCAACUUACCGUUCUUCAGGUAUCAGUCUCUGGAGACAACAUGGUAGAGUGUCAGCUGGAAACACACAACAACAAGAUGGUCACGUUCAAGUUUGAUGUUGAUGGUGAUGCACCUGAAGAUAUUGCAGACUAUAUGGUUGAAGAUAACUUUGUGUUGGAAAAUGAGAAGGAAAGAUUUGUAGAGGAACUGAGGGCUAUUGUAGGUCAAGCCCAGGAAAUCCUUCAUGUCCAUUCAGCUGCAGAAAAAUCUACUGGUGUUGAUUCUGUUGCUGUGGAAUCCAGCAGUAACCAAGCAGGGUCAUCUGAACAAGUACUGAUAAAUUCUGCAUCCACUCAAACAAGCAAUGAAUCUGCACCUCAAUCAUCCCCAGUUGGUCGCUGGCGAUUUUGUAUCAACCAAACAAUAAAAAAUUGUGAGGCACAGUCUCCUCCUUCCCUUCAGCCAUCCUUGACAACAGUGCAUGGGUUACAGUCAAUUCCUAGUUCAAGUAACACAAAUAAUCAGGAAAUAUCACAGGACACACUGUUCACGAUAGAGAAUAAUCCAGGCCAGCGUGAACUUUUCACCCCCAAAUCAGAACAUGAGGAUAUGGUUGAUGGUAAGAUUUCUGAAUGUGCUAGUUUAGAAACUGAGCAGCCAAGUAUUCUCUAUCAAGUGGAAGAUGACAGGCAGUUAAUGGCACCAGCUACUGAUAAUUCCAGUUAUUCUGCUACUUUGGUGCAUCCAGUUCCAGUUGAAUGUGAGGCACUCACCAGCCAAGCAGAUAUGUCCAUACCUACAUAUCCAUGUCAGCAAGCUGCCAUCCUGACUGAUGUGCUUAUGGAUCAUCCUAGCGAUUUAGUUCAGACUGGUGGCAAUGCUGUUCUAACUUCAGCGGUUGUAUCAUCUGAUCAAGAGCCUCAAUCUUUAUCAGUUCAGGAGCCAACUGCAGAUGUAGAGCUUGUUUCCUUAGAAGGAGAAACCACAGGACACACUGAAACAAAUUCUCCUAAGGCAGUCAUUUCCACUCACACUUCUGGCUUUGAACCAGCUACCCUUCAACCUGCUACUAUCCUGGAAUCAGAUGGGGAACGACCUCCAAAAAUGGAGUUUGCGGACAACCGAAUUAAAACACUGGAUGAAAAAUUAAGAAACCUGCUCUAUCAGGAGCACAGCAUUUCUAACAUCUGUCCUGAGAGUCAGAAGGAUACUCAAAGCGUAGACUCUCCAUUUUCUUCCUCUGCUGAAGAUAUACUAUCUUAUCCGAUGCCAGAAGUCAUAGCUGUCAGUCACUGUGAGACUCAAGAUAGCCCUGCACAAUCCCCGAAUUUCCAACAGGCAGGCUCUAAGAGUCUGUCCAAUGUGGCUGCAAAUCAGCCUGAUCAUAUAUCAGUGUUCAAAAGAGACUUGAAUGUGAUAACUUCUGUGCCCAGCGAGUUGUGUUUACAUGAGAUGUCCCCAGAUGCUUCACUUCCAGGGGAUCCAGAGGCCUAUCCUGCUGCUGUGUCAAGCGAUGGAACCAUUCAUCUGCAGACAGGAGUGGGAACAGAAGAUAAACGAUCAGCAAUUGUUCCUGAUUCCAUUCCACUGACACAGGAGUUCUCAGCUGACACUAGGGCUUUGAGUAGAUGUAAAACGAUGCGUGGAUCAUUUCAACAGGGUCGGUUCCAGGUGAUUACAGUUCCUCAGCAACAGCCAGUGAAAAUGACAUCUUUUAGAAAAGAACAUAGACCACCAUUCAAGAAGGCAACAGUCCAAUCUAGUGAGGAAGCACUAGCCUUUGCUGAAGCUGCAGUGCUGCCUUUGGUCGAAGUGGAACCUUCCAUACCCACUCCAAAGGCUUCAGUUUCUUCACGAAAGUUACGAACUCUUUAUGAAACCUUUAAAGAAGAAAAAGAAAAUCCUGAACAAGAGGACAUCUUAUCUUUGAGCACAGCUAGUGAGCCCAUGACUACAGAAAAGAAUAUGGAAGAAACUUCAACCACAAGAAUUAGUGUGUCAUCUGGGUCUAAACCCUUAGAUAAAGAAAAAGAGGAAUUGAUUCCUGGGAAACAGCCAUGUACUAAGAAAUUUUCAUCCACUCUUCCUGGUAAAGAAAAGUCAGUGGCCAAAACUGGUCCAAAGAGUGAUCAGUAUUUACCACUCCAUGAAGAACAAGCCUGUGCUCAAACACAGAGUUCACACUUCUACUCUCCAUCUUCCCCAAUGAGCAGUGAUGAUGAAUCAGAAAUUGAGGAUGAGGACUUGAAGGUGGAGCUUCAAAGAUUACGAGAAAAACACAUUCAGGAGGUGGUCAGUCUUCAAACACAGCAGAAUAAAGAGUUGCAGGAGCUCUAUGAACGCCUUCGAGCAACUAAAGACAUCAAAGUGCAAUCUUCAGAGGUUCCUUUGCCACCUACAUCGCCACGCAGGCCAAGAUCUUUCAAAAGUAAACUUCGAAGUCGUCCCCAGUCCUUGACACAUUCAGAAAAUGUCGUUAUUGUAAAAGAGGAACUGGGUGAGGGGAAUAAUACAGCGUCGUGCCAGCAAUCUCCAGCCAGUAAAAAGGGGAUGUUUACAGAUGAUUUGCACAAACUUGUGGAUGACUGGACAAAAGAAGCAGUAGGAAAUUUUCCUAGUAAGCCAAGUUUAAACCAACUCAAACAGAGCCAACAGAAAUUAGAGGCAGAAAACUGGAACAAGGUAUAUGAAAUCCCACCUCCAAGAAGUGUUUGUCAUCAUCUUCAGAGUACUCCAUCUACUAUGGGCUACAACACAUCAACCUGGAUCUCUUCUCUCCCCCCAAUUCAUGGAGCUGUCCCAACCUCCUUGCCACAAGGACUCCCACUGCCUUCAUUUCCAGGGCCAUUAUCAUCAUACGGAAUGCCCCAUGUUUGUCAGUAUAAUGCUAUAGGGGCCGCAGGGUAUCCAGUACAAUGGGUAGGAAUUUCGGGAACAACACAGCAGCCUGUAGUGGUUCCUACCCAACCUGGGGGACUCUUCCAGCCCGGGAUGAAUUUGCAGGCAUUUCCAGGUCCAUCAGGGCAGAAUCCAGCUUCCAACCCUCCAGGUCCUAAAUGAAUCCAAGCAAAUGCUGAUGUAAGGGGAGGGAACUUUCAGAACACCUGUGAUACUAAACUUUCUUCUUGAGUUCUGCCAUAUUUUCUCUCAUUUGUGUCUACUUUGAACUGUUUUUGUUGUUGUUGUUGUUGUUGUUGUUGUUCCAAUGUGAUAUCUGAUACAGCUCAUCAUUCUGUAGUAAUGUGCACACAAAAAUGUUUUUUUUUCACUUCAAAUCCUAUCCUCUUUGAUACUUGAUUUAAAAAAAAAUACUGUUCAGAAUGCUUUAAUGAUCUCAGCUUGAGUGUUACCACUUCCAGAAAGGACACCGUCCGUGUGUUGCUGAGACGCUCUCACCCCAUCCCGCCCUCUUUUUUAUGCUGCUGCCAGCAGUUGUAUGGUACUUUUCUUUAAAAUGUGUACAAAAUAUAUAGAUUGGUUCUUCCCAAAUGUGGAUGGUGUAAGAGCCUCCAAUAGCCAAUCUUGUGGAAUUCGUCACAUCUAUCUUAGGUUUACUUUUCACAGAAGGCAGUAACUGGCUGCAGGAAAUGUUUUGAUGGAUAAAUUUAGUAUACUUUUCCAAGCAGUACAGAACAUGAGUGUUUUAAUGUGAUUUUCUUCCCGUCAUCACAGCAGUAGGAGUGAGGGCUUGUUUUGAGUGAGGCGGAGGGAAAAGAAAGCAGAACUGUAACAGUUCCUUGAACCUACAGCUACCAGAGCUGCUUCUGGGUUCCAGUAAUAACCCAAAGCAGCCAUCUUUUCUCAUGUGCACACUCCAUUGGUUUUAAGCAUUUGAAAGGCACUGGUUUGGCUUGCAUUCUUUUGCUAGACAUUGCAGCUAAUGUGAAUCUCAUUUGGGGGUAAUCCUUAUAAUCCUAACCAAGGAGAUUCAGGUUAACACUUUUGUUAAUCCAUUCUUCUAAAGUGAAAUGUACUUGACACACUAGGGUUUGUAGCUUUUGAGACUUUUACAUAAAACACUGGCUUUACAGGGUUCUAAGAGAUGUACGGUACAUCUCUUAGAUGCAGUGAAAUAGUACACCCUAGAAUCAUAUUAUUUAAAUUGCCUUUAACCUGUUUUGAUGACAAUUUGGGGGUUGUUCUAAUUUCUUACUAGUAGCUGUAGUCUUAGAGCAUUUUAGAUCAUUUGUCAGCCUCUUGAGAAUUUGAGAGACUUCACUGUCAAGUUGCACUUUACUGGGUUUUAUCCAGUUUUAGGAGGAAGGGAGGCAGUGUCAAAAUGUACACCUUUGGUUUUUAGGAAGGUUCACUUUAGUAAUCUUAAAGAUCGCCUACUUACUAUUCAGUCUGUGAAAACCCAAAAUAGACUUUUUACAUGGUGUAUAUCAAAUCCUCCCUAUACGUGUUCAAAUGACUUACCAUUCACUGAAUCUUUGAAAGUCAUUUCUAAUACAUGUUUUCCUAUUUAGGAAUUCUCUUGGUAACCAUUCCAACUUGUGAUCUUUGUUUUUGUUAACAGGUUUUCCUCCAUAUUCCUCUAAAAACUUACCCCUGUGGGCUUGCCGGGAAGUGAGAAAAACUUAAUGGGUGUGCUUCUUUUAUUCAUACAGUGUACUUUGUGACAUUCAGUACCCUUUUUUAAAAUUGUCUUUUAGUGCUAACCUAAAGAUCACACCCAUCAUCACAUUUUUGUCACUGUUACUGAGGGUAGUCUGUGGAUUGCUAUUGGUAAGAGCCACAGUUUCUUUUCCUAAAACAUCCUGUUUUGGAUUAGUCCAGAGCUUAUGCACAGAUUCCUCAAAUUCCUUCUAUGGUAUUGCUUCACAGGUUGAAGUGAUUUUUAGGAUAUUAAUGUAGUGUACUUGUUUUCCACAAGUACAAAAAACAAUGCUCCUAAAAUCCAUAGUUCUUUAAAACUGUCCUUGUUUCAUUAUCAGUUGAUUUUUGUGUAAUUAUAUUGGGCUAACUAACCUAUAACAUAAAACACUACAGGUUUUAAAGAUUGGAUCAUCUCUAAUCACAAUCAUUUUAAACAGUAUGCCCCACUGUGAAAAAAGCCCCACAGAUGACAUGUACAAUCCCAUUUACUAAUGGCUGCUCUACAUAGUAUGUCCUGUGUUUCGUUAAACAUCUCAGUUUUACAUAUAAUUCAUCAUUCUUGUUUGCCUGCAGAUGUUUGCAGUGCCUUGUAAUAUUUAGAAUCUUUUCAGGUUUUGCUGGAAAGAAAAGUCAUCUUCUACAGUUUGAAGAUGGGAAUAGUGUACUGCUGUCUCCAUGCUGACUGCAGUAUCUGGGUUAACAUAUAUGUUACAUAUACAUUAUGUAUAUGUAAUGUGUAGAAGUUAAAGUGUACAGAAAAAGAAGAGUGUGCAGAAAUGAAGAAAACAAUGUUAUUUGCUUUGCUGUGGGGUUUUCUUUACUUUUCCUCAUUACUUUUUGAUUUGAUUCAGAUUACAGUCACUUUGAUUGUAAAUAUUGGUUAGUUUUCUAGAAUGGGGAUUUUGUAUUAUUUCAUAAUUUUGCUAAGUCUUAGAAUAAUGUUGUUUCCAUUUUUGCCUGAAGUACUUUUCCUCCCCCAUAAAUAAUAAAUUCCAGAUAACACUCAGAAGUUCCCAUUUCCUUUGACAAAGAGCCUAGUGCAUAUAAUGGGCCUUCUGUUCAUUUCUAGAAAGCAUGAAAACCUAUCCUUUUCAUUUUCUUUCUUGUAGUCAACAUAAAGGUUGCACUUAACCACCAUUUAUCAAGUUUCCUUGGGAGAUAGUCUAAAGGUCCAGCCACUCUGUUUACCUCUCCAAGUGCAUAGCUGAUGAGCAGCGUUGUGUCUUCAUGUGUGGUACCGUGAGCACUUCACCAUGAAGUACUGCUGUUGUAUCUGUGAAGUUAAGUAUAACAUCUUAAGACUGUGAAACCAGUACUGCUGUAUUCAGUGCAGAUAACCCUUCAUAUACCUGGAGCAGUCUUGAAUCUAAAGCAGUUUGCUAUAGUUUAACAAAUAUCCCUGCAGUUUUUCAUCUCUUCCUUGCUUAUAUCAAGUGUAAGUUCUAAUAGUUUGACAAGGAAAAUUAACUGUGAACAUUUAAAAGGCACUUUCGCUGUGAUUUGUGGGUUGAGUGUAGAGUGUUUUCUACGGUACAAUGCAAUGUUAUCAUCUAAAAACCCCAGAUUUAAUUGCAGUCCAGUUACUUUUGUUUAUCUACCUCAUUUUUCAGUACUGUUUUAGGUGCACAAGUAAAUGUUGCCUGUGAAAUUUGCUUUUUUGCCUUGAUUCUUUAUGUUUUAGAUUCUCAAUCUGGCUUGCCUUUUUUGUCCUAGCACUCACCAUGCAUGUGAGUUGACAGGAACCAUCAUUCUGCCACCAAUCUGUGUUUAAGUGAUGAGUGCUAUGCACCUAUGUGGAAUAAAGUUAGGGGAUAUGGGGAUGAAAAGCAAAGAGAGACAUCAAAUUGGUGGCAAUAUAAGACUUAGUGGUGGAAAUUCAUUUUUCGAAUAAACAAAUGAUUCAAAUGUACUGAAGUGAGACAAUCUCAGUACCUGCAACUUCACAUGUACUGGUGAUGCUUUCUCAUCUCAGUGCCUAAAGGGCUAUGGGUUGAAAUUGCUUUAACUACCACAGUGAAAUACUUGACCUUUUAUGACAGUGACCCAUCUCCAAAAUAUUAACAUACUGCCUUGUAUGUUUGUUAUCUUAAAAUGGCAGAAUGCAUUUCAUUUGAAUCAUAGUUGGUAAAUAACGGUUUAGAAAAUUGCUUAUCUAAUCUCUGCAGUUUAUGGAGUUGACUUCUCUUUGCUGUACUUUCUAAUCAUUAAAAAUUCCCUUUCCCCCUUUAAAAAAACUCAGCAAAUGUUUGUAACUGGAUAUUCCUUGUUUCACAUGUUUACUGUAUAACACUACAUUUUUAAUAUUAGUAAAUAUUAUAUUUCAGUCAUCAUUUAUAAGUAUAUUCCUGAGGUAUAUUUGCCAUCCACUUGUGAUUCAGUUACCUCACAUUCUGUUUGAUUUAAAAAAGACAAAAACAAAAACCUGAGCCUUCUGAGAUGGUAUGCAAGCCAUUUUCUAGAAUAGAUUUUUUUCAAACCUGUAGUUUGUCCCUUUAUUUAGAAGAUAUAAGAGAAAGGUAUGUGUAUAUAGAAAAGGCUUUUGAUUUGCUAAACAUAAUUCUAGGGUUAAAAUUUUUAAAUCUAAUCCAGAUUAUAAAAUGAAAAUACUCAAACAUACUAAAAUUUUCUUUUAAGUAAAAUUGGUAUGCAAUUUGUACAGAGCCAUACUUUCAGACCACCCUGGAAAUAAUUUCGUGUGUGUGUGUGUGUAGGAUAAAUUUAAACAUUGAUCAGGGACCUUGACCAACUAAUAUGUGAAUGGGCCCAAAGUAGUAACCAGGUUAAAGUUAUUUUCCACUGAAAUGGUUGAAAGAGUGUCCAGAUCAACAGCUCCGAUUCUGGAAGGUUUUCUUUGAAGUAAAACAACACAAACUGUUUAAAAGUUAAAAAUCAGGCAAGAAGGCAAGGGAAAGACUGAGCUCUGAAGGAACAAUGCUUUGAAAUGCAUAUUUGUUGGCCUUCUAGCUUUUUUACAUUGUAUUUCUUUCCACUCUAAUUUAAGAUUUAAGGUUGAGAUUUGUAGUCUAGACCCCUCAGCAGAGAUAGUGGAUAUAAUGACUGAUCAGAAAGUGCAGUUGAAGGUCUGUCAUGCUCAAUCACCUAAAGCUAUAAUUUGUCUAAUACGAAUAUUAAGCAUGUAGACCUAGCGCAGCAUGGGAGCCACUCAGGAAGUUUAUGCAAUUAAACUUUCAUGCAUAAUUUACCAUGAAGUAUGUAGAAUUUCAGCCAAUUCUCAAUACUUAACAUUUAGUUAUAUAUGUGAACUCUCCUUUCUUAAUUUGGGAAUGUAGCAUUAUAUUAGGAUGCUAUUAAACUUAAUUUAACCCCUUUUAACAUGAUCUUUUUUUUUUCCUUUUUUUUUUUUUUUUUUUUUUUUUGUAAGCUAAGUGAUCUACCUUUCAGCAGUUGUCUGGUUUUGAUUCGAAACUGUGAUUUUUAUUUUAAUUACUACCCAACUGUUGUUAAAGAUUUUGUUUUCUGGAAUUUUUGUUUUGAAACAAAAAUAAAGGCUAUGUUAAAUGAGUAUGUCACCUUAUUAAA